AUGGCUGCGGACCACUCGUUGCGAGUGAGCAGCUUCAACUAUCCUCCCUACCACGUCAUCACUGAACAAGGACUCAACGUUCCUGUCAAAGGCAUAUGCGGAGAAAUUCUGGCAGCUAUAACACGAUCGCUCAAGAGAAACUACACCAUAACAUUUCCUUUGGACUCCUUUUGGGGACUACUGAAGCCGGAUGGAAACUGGACCGGAGUGCUCGGAAUGCUGCAGCGUGAUGAGGCCGAUUUGGCGCUGUCUGUGAUCAAUCCCACGAGCGAGAAGAAGGAUGUCGCGGUAGAGUCGGAGACGAUCCUUCCCAUCGAGAUCAUGAUUCUCGCCGGUCGCCAGUCAAGCCACGAGAGCAACAUACUCGGCAUCAUACAAAUCUUCCCCUGGGAGGUUUGGCUGCUCGCCUUUUGCGGUUUUAUCAUGUCCGCCGUCGUAUGGUCUGUCGGCGACUACAUUCACUUCCGACUCGGCGACAAGAACGGACCAUUCGACCACGUCGGUAACUUCCUCGGUCGCCUGUGGGCCUUCGUCGAGAGCACUUUGCUGGAAGGUGGGAACAAUAAGCACCAACAGUUUCUUUUGCCUCUGCCGUUCUGUAGUCGAAGCGCAAGGAUAACCUUUUUCCAUCAUCCUUCCUACGUAGGCCCAGGAAACGACGUGGGCAUUACAACACUUUAUGAAAUUUACUGUCCUCGAAACUUGGUGACUACGGGCUGCACGCUGUUGUCCGCACUGAGAACACCCCCCGCAGCGUCGCCGGUGGUGCCCAGCCGGAUCUCUGCGCGCAUCCUGGUCGGCGCUUACUGGCUCGUGGUGAUCAUCCUGACUACGGCCUUCGCGGGCCAAAUGAAGGCAAUGCUGAUGGUACGCCAGGAGGCCGACCGCAUCGACAGCCUCAAGGACCUGUCCGAGAGGCCCACCAUGAAGCCGUACGCUCCGGCCGGAAGCGCUGUAGUCUCCUCCAUCAGGUACUCCAGGGACCCGUACUACCAGAAAGUGUGGAGAAUGAUGCAAAAGUUCAAGUCCGACCUCCCCCCGGCCGUCGUCCUGUCCGACAGCUCGAUGCGAGAGAUCAUACGCGGCAAGGCGGUGCUCAUCCUGAGCCGCCCAACGCUGGCCGAGCGGGCUAACGAGGUGUGCGCCAACUCCAGCGAGGGCGAGUUCUACGUGGGCCGGGUGCCCACGUUCAAGUUCAACUCGGUUUUCUACCUCAACAAGCGCAUGCCCGCCACCCUCAGGGACUUCAUCAACAAGAGAAUCCUCUGGCUCCGCGACUCCGGCCUGUUGGAGAAGUGGUGGAGGGAGUCCUCGGGAAACUGGGAGGGCUGCGGCCAGGCGACCAGUGACGGAACGCUGACGUUCGCCGACUUCAGCGACUUGAUCAAGCUUUUGAUGGCCAUGCUCACCUGCGCCUGCGUCGUCUGCCUCGCCGAGGUGGCAGUUGGACGCGGUCUCCGCAUGCGCCAGCUCAGCCAAUAAGAAAAUCUGAAUUCGGCCUACAUGUGUGACUGGAAUAGCGUAGCACACUAUAGGUAUGCAUGGUCAUUGCACGAAGCGUACAGACGCGACGCUACUUUGCA